GACGAAGCUGACGUCCUCGAUUGUGGCUACGGUAAGGCCGCGUGGGUGGACAAGCUCUUAGGCUACCGGCCGGACGCUGUGGUAGUUGGGAUCGACCUCUUCACCGGGCAAGGUAACUCCGACGAGGACGAGGAUGAGGAGGACGAUGAGGACGGUGAUGGCAUCGAGUCCUUCAUUCGAAAGAGGUGGAACCUGAACAUUCCUCUGAGACAAGAUACCAGCAGCGACAGACUCCGGCCGGAAACGUUCGACCUCAUCAACAGUCGCAUGCUCAUAGAUGGCAUCAAUGCCAAUCGUUGGGAGACGUAUGUUCGCGAGCUGUAUGCAUUGUUGAAGCCCAAUGGCUGGCUCCAGAUGGUCGAAUUUCACGCCAUUUUUCAGUCCGAUAGUGGUCGAGAUGCUCCGUUCUUGAGCAGGUGGUGGGAUUGGUAUAGCCAGAAACUGCUCCAGAUGGGAAAGAACCCUCGGAUAGCGUCGCAACUGAAACCUCUGAUGGUCAACGCCGGCUUCACAGAUGUGCACUACCACGUCUCCCGCCUUCCCGUGGGAAACUGGGACCCAGAUCGCGUACAGCUCGGCAUCCAGGCUCGAGACUUGAUCACGCAGAUGCUGAGAGAUGUUUCACUGUAUCCAUUCCUUGCUCUCGGCCGGAUGCCCCGAGAGCAGUACGAGAACUUGCUGGAGGGCGCUCGACGAGAGCUGCAUCAGCCCGGGUUGAAGCUGUACCUGAAUGUGUCAGUUUUUACAGCACCACAUUUCAUUGCAGAAAGUCAUGCAGCUGAUGAUUCGUGUAGGCACGUCGCGUAUGGCCGAAAGGCGCGCCGACGGCGUUGA